CGACCCUUGUCGUUUUGCCCCCGCUCUCGAGUUUCUCCAGGCUUCGUCUUCCAUUGGGGCGGCUCUGAUAUAUCUGUUUGCACCUACGAAGAGGUCAUGGGUAAUCGAAGAAUGGUUGCUACAUGAUACAAAGGCAAACAUGGCACUUCACUCCUUCGGUUCUUCCCUUUCCCUUGGACUGCUAGCACGGCUGUAUUGCCCUCCUCCUCGCUUGGCAGGCCCUUUCAAUGGAUUUGCGCAAGAAAGCUCUCGAAGGACGUCCGAAGGCACCUCUGAAGCUCUGCCUAGAUACACAAGCAGUUAACGAUCCGACCACGUUUCCCAUCAUAUCCAAAGCAAUUCGCAACAUCCUUUGCGACGGGCCCAUACCACACAAUUUUAUCGAUCCAGGUUCCGGUGAAUGGCAAGGUCCAGAUACCUUACAUGCUUACAUGCUCAGAAUCAAGAGUGCACUUGGUUAUCUAGGCUUCAACACGCCUUGUAAUAUCGAGCUCACGUCGAGGCUAUGGCCAGACCUUUCACGUUGGAUCUUAGGCUUUCUGACCGUCUACAUACAUGAUCGACGACCCCGCUUCCUCGUUGACGUCGUUAUUUCAAAACGAUUCAUGGUUUUCUACGACAAACCCCACAUUCGUCGCGUUGCAUGCACUUGUAGAUCACUCUCAGUUGUUUCCCCUAAUGGAGGACACGCUGGGAUUCGUGCAGUGCAUGACGAAUACGGACGAAUGCUGUGGCUGGCCACAUGUAUUCUGUGCUGCAACCGUCAGCGGUAUGGUUCCUGCAACGGUUUGACGAUGCAUUUCUUCCGGGCCAGCCUGACACAAGUGCGGUGGCUAGUGCCAUGUACGAGAUGCCAGUUGAUAGAGCUCUCAUCGAUCAACCCUCUUUGGUCUUUGUCACCUUCAUCCACGAAGCAUCUCUCCAGCUUGACGUGAUUGGGGGUUAUGUAGGCUAUUCAUCAUCCGCGGCCUUUCGUUCGCCAAAAGUCCGUUAACAAUACCCCAUCAUUCUGCUACCUCAUUUCUCCCAUAGCUGCGAAAUCUCUUUGUAAUCAGCGAUAAAUGCAUGAUCCGCAGCAAACAGAGAGAGUUCUACAUCUUUCCUUCAUCUGUCCUCUUGACUCAUGCUCAAAGGAUGAACCAGGAUGGGUGUUGCAAGCCUUGGAACGACAUAUGUUUAAGUUGAUUCUCAAGACCAUUCACUUCACUUCGAGUCUACAGAAUCGUUAACUUGAAUAGCGAGGAAGAAAUCAACUUCCGAGGAGAUUAGAGGUGCGCGCGCCGCGUGUCACU